UUAUGAGCCACACUAUGAAGUUGUGGGAAAGAGUGAUUGAACAUAGGUUGAGGGCAUGCACAAGUAUUUCGGAUAACCAAUUUGGUUUUAUGACAGGGAGAUCCAAUAUGGAAGCAAUCCAUUUGAUAAGACUGAUGAUGGGAGUUUUAUAGGGUAAAAAAGAAGGAUCUUCAUAUGGUCUUUAUUAAUUCAAAGAAGGCAUAUGACAAGGUGCCAAGAGCGGUACUUUGGUGGAAUUGUUGAAGAAAGGUAUUCCAUGAAGGUAUGUGAAUCUGGUUAAGAAUAUGUAUCGGGAUGUGUCAACAAAUGUGAGGACAUGUGGAGGGUUGACAAAAGAUUUUCCUAUUACAAUUGGAUUGCAUCAAGGGUCUGCAUUAAGCCCUUUUCUUUUUUCAACGGUUCUAGAUGAAGUAAUUAGACCAAUUCAAGAUAAAGUUCCAUGGUGUAUGCUGUUUGGGGAUGAUAUUGUUUUAGUUUAUGAAAGUAAAGAUGGGGUUAAUGUCAAGUUGGAGCAAUGGAGGCAAAGGUUGGAAUCUAGAGGGUUUAAGCUAAGUCGUAGUAAAACUGAAUAUUUAGUAUGCCGCUUAGGUACUCAAAGGGGGACAAGCAAUGAGGUGGUAAGUUUGGAUGGAAAGGAUUUGACCAUGAGUGAAUGUUUUAAAUAACUUGGGUCAAUCAUCCAGAAAAAAGGUGAUAUUGAUCAAGACGUGACCCACGAGAUUAAGUCAGGGUGGCUUAAAUGGAGAGUGGCCACAGGUAGGGUUGUGCAAAAAUCGGGCUAGACCAAAAUUUUGGACCGGACCGGACUGGUCCAGACCAAAUAUAACCGGUCCGAUCUUCGGUUUUAAAAAGUAAAAAUUUUGGGUUUCGGUCCGGUUCGAUCAAAACCCGGAAAAAACCCAGACCAGACCGAAACCCAAUUUUAUGUAUAUGAAAAUUAAUGUGGGCUGCGUUAAUUACUAACAAAAACCCUUGGAAUUAAACUUUCUAAAGUUCUAAACUACUUCUAGGGAAAUUAAAACGUCACUGUUGAAAAACCCUUAAAGUUUCUUCCAUUUUCGCAAUUCUCAAGAAAACUACAACCUUAAACUCUCUAAGUCUGCAACCCCAUCAUCCCAAAUUCCCAAAAGUCUCUUAUGAUUGAUUAAUUGAUUUGCCUCUCUAUAUUAUUAUCAUCAAUUUAGGCAAAGUGGAGUACUAUUGCUGAUUUGAGCCGGCAAAGAUGUCAAGCUCCAAAUCAACAAAUAAGAGGCCAUUCUCUGAGUUUGAAGAUUCAAAGGCAAAUGUAGAUGCAAUUUUUAAUGAUGAUGAUGUUUCUGAUAAAGUUGAUAAAGAGAAGCAAAAUGUCACAACACUACUACCACCUAGGAAAAAGUUGGAGGGAAGACAUUAUGUUCCAAGGGGAAGAAGAAGGAGAGCAGAAUAUUGGGUGCAUUUUUGGGAGUACAAGGAAAAUGGUAAGCUUAGAGCUGAGUGUAUGUAUUGUGAGAAUAAAACAUUUGCUUGUGAUGUUAAUGUCAAUGGUUCAAAAAACGUGAAAAAUCAUUGGCAGGGUUGUCCAGCUAAUCCUAAAAACAAAAUUAGAGGAAAACAAACUGAGAUAGCUUUUGACCAUGAUGUUGAUGUUGGACAAGAUAAAAUGAAAGCUUGGGCUUUAAAUGUUGAUGAUGCUAGAGAUGCUCUUGCUUACAUGAUUAUUGUGGAUGAACUACCUUUUCGUCAUGUAGAAAACCUGGUUUUAAGCAUUUUAUGUCUGUAGUUUGCCCUAGGUUUCAUAUACCAUCACGUACUACUUUUGCACGUGAUUGUUUACCACUUUAUGCAAGAGAAAGGAUACAAUUAAAGAAACUACUAAGAAUGAAAUGUCAACGGAUUUCUAUCACUACUGAUACAUGGAUAAGUAUCCUAAGAAUCAAUUACACGUGUCUUACUGGUCAUUUCAUUGAUACUAAGUGGAAGUUGCAUAAAAUGAUCUUGAUUUUUUGUCCUAUUUAUAACCACAAGGGUGCUGAGGGGGUGGAAGAAUGUUUGACUUCUUGGGGUGUGGAUGAAAAAUUAUUCACUAUUACGGUUGAUAAUGCAAGUUCUAAUGAUGUUGCAUGUUCUGAGUUAAGAAAAAUUAAGCAAAGUAAAUUGUCUUGUAUUGGUAAUGGUGAUUAUAUGCAUAUGAGAUGUGUUGCACACAUUAUAAACCUUAUAGUGUGGGAUGGGUCGAAGAAGAAUAAAAAAAUCCAUCAAUAAGGUAUGCUCCAAACCAUUCUUCAUUGUCUUUAGAUGUUCCAACUAGGUGGAACUCCACUUUUGAUAUGCUAGAAAAAGCAUUGAAGUUUCGAGAUAUCUUUUGGAGGAUAGAUAUUCCAACUAAUCCUCAAUUAGAUUAAAAUACGAUUACUGAAACCCAUGGUGGAUAUGAUGAUAAUAAGAGUGGUGGUAUAGGAUAAGAUGAUUUGAGAAAUUCUAAAGCCCCCCCUUGAGAGUGAUUGGAAGGUGGUUCAAGGGUUAGUAGUUUUCCUAAGAGAGUUUAAGGUUUUGACUGAUGCUGUUUCUGGUUCAUUGUAUGUAACAAGUAAUAAUACUUUUUUUCACAUUGCUCGUUGUAGACACCUGAUUUUGUCUCCCCAAAACCAAACCUAGUGAUGAGUACCUUUCACGUCUUUGAUUAUCGAGUUAGGUGAAGAGUUGUAAAGUCUCGUGAAGUUUCCUUAAGCCUUAACCAUAUUCCUAGCCUCACUUAAAAGGUUUUAAAACAAAAUCAUUUAUUUCAUGCCUUUAAACCCAAAAUUAUUCAUUUCGUGUCUUUGAAAAUCAU